AUGCAGUGGCCAGUGGAAGAAGACUCUUCCCUGGACAGGGCUGAGAGGCUGGAGAAGGAAAUAUCAGCUGGAAAUAGAAUAAUGGAACGCUGUCUACAUGAAAAUUGUAAUUCCACUUGCCCAGAAAUUCCUUAUCAAGAGAGUCAGACACUUCUGGUUGUUGUUUACAGCAUCGUUUUUACUAUAGGCCUUCCAGCAAACUGCUUAACUUCUGUGCUUACAUUUGUACAAAUCCGAAGGAAAAAAGUAGUUGCCAUCUACAUUUUCAGUUUAUCAUUGUGUGAUCUGAUGUAUUUAAGUACCUUGCCUUUGUGGAUUAUCUAUGUGCAAAACGGGCACAAGUGGACCAUGGGUGACACUGCUUGCAGGAUAACAGGAUUCAUCUUUUUCUGCAAUAUCUACAUCAGCAUUCUGCUUUUGUGCUGCAUCUCUGUGGAUCGUUACAUGGCACUGGUCCAUCCUCUGCAAUCAAGGGGGAGAAGACAACAGAAAAUAGCCACCAUUAUAGUCUGUCUUCUCUUUGCUGUGGUUGCAGGAAUCCACACUCCAGUAUUUUUUAUGGAAGAUAAGAAAAACUGUACAGAGGUGAAAACCUGCUUUGAGACAGUGCCCCUUGACAUAUUAUUGGCUUAUUUCAGUUUUGCUAGAUUCCUGUUUGGAUUUGUCGUACCCUUCCUAAUCCUGUGUUUUACAAACUGCAAAAUUUUCCAAGCUAUAAAAAGAAGCAGCAGCUUGACUUGUCGUGAGAAAGCCAAAGUGAAGCAUGUGGCUAUUGCCGUUAUUGUUAUUUUCUUGAUGUGCUUUGCUCCAUACCAUGUGGUUCUCUUAAUAAGAGCCAUAUAUUUUCUGGUUCAUCAGGACUGCCCAUGUCCAUUUGAAAAUAAGAUAUAUUCAGUUUUUACAGUGUUUCUGUGUUUAGGCACUGCAAACAGUGUUGCUGAUCCAAUCAUCUACGUUCUGGUCAGUGAAAACGUCAGAAAAGACUGUUAUAGGUGCCUGAGAAGAUGGAGAGGGAGACAGAACUCAUCCAAGCUAAAUUCAUCCACUGAUCACAAUACUGACAACAUAAAAUUGGAAAUGCUGAAAGAAUCAGAGGAAGGGGGCCAAAGAAAAAAAAACAAAGAAAUAACAGAUUCAUCUGACAUUCAGAAGGCCUGUACCAGUGGCAGAGAUCAGGAAAGUGGCAGCUAG